UAUAUUUCCUAGCAAAACAUUGAAAUGCUUUUCUUCUUUCUAUUUGAUGAUUCAGGGAACUCCAGUCAAUAUCAUAGUUGGAUCACAUGUUUGGGCAGAGGAUCUUGAGGAUGCAUGGAUUGAUGGUGAAGUGAAAGAAAUCAAUGGCAGAGAUGCCACCAUAGUUGCCACAAAUGGGAAAACUUUCGUUGCAGAUAUUUCCAGCAUAUAUCCGAAAGACACAGAGGCACCGCCAGCAGGAGUUGAUGACAUGACCAAAUUGGCUUACCUCCAUGAACCAGGGGUUUUACAUAACCUUGCUUGUCGGUUUGCUCUAAAUGAGAUAUAUACUUACACUGGGAACAUUCUAAUUGCUGUGAAUCCUUUUCAAAGACUGCCACAUUUGUACAAUAUUCACAUGAUGGAGCAGUACAAAGGAGCAGCUUUUGGGGAGCUGAGUCCACACCUUUUUGCUGUGGCAGACACUUGUUACAGAGCAAUGAUGAACGAACAGGAAAGCCAGUCCAUUUUGGUAAGUGGGGAGAGUGGAGCUGGUAAAACAGAGACAACAAAGAUGCUUAUGAGAUACCUUGCGUUCAUGGGGGGCAGAUCAGUCACAGAAGGAAGAACUGUAGAACAACAAGUUUUGGAGUCAAAUCCAGUCUUGGAAGCAUUUGGGAAUGCUAAAACUGUGAAAAACAACAAUUCCAGUCGUUUUGGUAAGUUUGUUGAGAUACAGUUUGAUAAGCAAGGAAAAAUCUCUGGAGCUGCAGUUCGCACUUACCUUCUUGAAAGGUCACGUGUUUGCCAAGUUUCUGACCCUGAGAGAAACUAUCAUUGUUUUUACAUGCUUUGUGCAGCACCACCAGAGGAUGUCAAAAAAUUCAAGUUAGGGGAUCCAAGAGAAUUCCACUAUUUAAACCAAUCCAACUGUUAUCAAGUGGCAAAUGUAGAUGAUGCCAGAGAGUAUCUGGAGACCAGAAAUGCAAUGGAUAUUGUAGGGAUCAGCCAGGAUGAACAGGAUGCAAUAUUCCGUGUAGUUGCUGCAAUCCUUCAUCUUGGAAAUAUUGACUUCAUCAAAGGGAAAGAAACGGAUUCUUCCAAACUCAAAGAUGAGAAAGCACGCUACCAUCUGCUAACUGCAGCGGAGUUACUAAGGUGUGAUGAGAAUGCACUGGAAGACUCACUUUGCAAGCGUGUCAUAGUGACUCCUGAUGGAAACAUUACAAAACCUCUGGACCCAGACUUAGCUGCCUUGAGUCGUGAUGCCUUAGCUAAGACUGUGUACUCUAGGCUGUUUGAUUGGAUUGUGGAUAAGAUUAACAAUUCAAUAGGUCAAGAUCCCAAUGCGACAAGUAUAAUUGGAGUUCUUGAUAUUUAUGGCUUUGAAAGCUUCAAGAUUAACAGUUUUGAACAGCUAUGCAUCAACCUAACAAAUGAGAAGUUGCAACAACAUUUUAACCAGCACGUAUUUAAGAUGGAGCAAGAAGAGUAUACAAGAGAGGAAAUAAAUUGGAGCUACGUUGAAUUUGUAGAUAACCAGGAUGUUUUGGAUCUCAUUGAGAAGAAACCUGGGGGUAUAAUAGCCCUUCUUGAUGAGGCCUGCAUGUUUCCAAAGUCAACUCAUGAGACAUUUGCACAGAAGAUGUACCAGACAUACAAGGGACACAGACGCUUCAGCAAGCCAAAACUUGCUCGAACAGACUUCACAAUCAAUCACUAUGCAGGAGAUGUUACGUACCAAGCUGAUCAAUUUCUUGAUAAAAAUAAAGAUUAUGUCGUAGCAGAGCAUCAAGCCUUGUUAAAUGCAUCCAAAUGCCCUUUUGUUGCUAAUCUUUUCCCUCCAUUACCUGAAGAGACAUCCAAGCAAUCCAAGUUCUCUUCCAUUGGUAUCCGCUUCAAGCAACAAUUACAAGCUUUAAUGGAGACACUGAACACAACAGAGCCACAUUAUAUCAGAUGUGUAAAGCCAAAUACACUUUUGAGGCCUGGAAUAUUUGAGAACUUCAACGUGUUAAACCAAUUAAGAUGCGGGGGUGUACUGGAGGCAAUUAGGAUAAGUUGUGCUGGGUAUCCAACAAAAAGAACAUUUGAUGAGUUCCUUGAUCGUUUUGGAAUGCUUACUCCUGAUGUUCUAGAAGGGUCAGAUGAAAAAUCAGCAUGCAUUGCCAUCUUGGAGAGGAUGGGUUUAAGGGGUUACCAGAUGGGGAAAACAAAGGUGUUCCUUAGAGCUGGGCAGAUGGCUGAGUUAGAUGCACGAAGAACUGAGGUUUUGGCUAGUUCUGCUAGACGAAUCCAAAGACAAAUUCGAACACAUCUAACCAGAAAGGAAUUCAUAGGCCUACGGAGGGCUUCAGUCCAUAUGCAAAAACUCUGGAGAGCACAACUUGCACGUAAGCUAUAUGAACAGAUGAGAGAAGAAGCAGCCUCCAUCCGUCUACAAAAAAAUGUUCGUGCUCAUACAGCAAGAAGAUUUUACACAAAUUUACAGACAUCAGCAAUAUUCAUUCAAACUGGAUUACGUGCAAUGGCAGCACGAAAUGAAUAUAGAUACAGAAGAAGAACAAAGGCUGCAACUAUUAUUCAGACUCAAUGGAGAAGGUUCCAAGCUCUUUCUGCUUAUAAACAGCAAAAGAAAGCAACUCUUACACUUCAAUGUCUCUGGAGAGCAAAGGUAGCAAGAAAGGAGCUUAGAAAGCUGAGGAUGGCUGCAAGAGAAACAGGGGCACUUAAAGAAGCUAAGGACAAACUAGAGAAGCGCGUUGAAGAGUUAACAUGGCGAGUGGAAUUUGAAAAGCACUUGAGGAUUGAUCUCGAAGAAGCCAAAGGGCAAGAAAUUGCAAAGUUACAAAAUGCACUGCAUGAAAUGCAAGGAGAGCUGGAUGAAGCCUAUGCUGCAAUUAUCCGGGAGAAAGAAGCAGCAAAGUUGGCUAUAGAACAAGCCCCAUCAGUCAUCAAAGAGGUUCCGAUUGUGGACAACACCAAAAUAGAGUUACUAAGGAAUCAAAAUGAGGAACUGGAGGAUAAGCUAAGAGAGAUGAAGAUGAAAAUGGAGGAAUUUGAAGACAAGUGUAGUAAACUAGAAAACCAGAGCAACACAAGACUAAGAGAGGCAGAAGAAGCACAGCUUAAAGCAAUGCAACUCCAAGAGACCAUUGAAAGAUUAGAAUUGAACUUGUCCAACCUAGAAUCUGAGAAUCAGGUACUACGGCAGCAGGCUCUGGUUGCAUCAGCAAAUAAUGAUCUUUCGGAAGAAUUAGAUAUCCUCAAGCAUAAGAUAAAAGAUCUGGAGUCAGAGAAUGAAUUACUCCGCAAACGACCAGCUGUUCUGGAGCAGAAAGCAACACCUGAAAGGGUUUUGUCUCAAGUCAAGAAUUUUGACAAUGGGCACAAAAUAGAGGAAGGGCUUCAAGUGACAAAAGAGCCAGAACCUCUUUUCUCCCUCUUAAUUAAACAAAGAUCCCUAACAGAUAGGCAACAGGAAAACCAUGAUGCACUCAUCAAAUGUCUUGUGGAAGAUAAACAGUUUGAUAAGAACAGACCUGUUGCUGCCUGUGUUGUAUACAAAUCGCUUCUUCAAUGGAGAUCUUUUGAAGCAGAGAAGACAAAUUUAUUUGAUAGGAUUAUUCACACAAUCAAGUCGUGUAUAGAGAGUCAAGAUAAUAUCUGUAACCUAGCAUAUUGGCUCUCAACAACUUCUACCCUUUUGUAUCUUCUCCAAAGUACACUUAAGGCGAGCAACACACAGAAUGCAUCUAAACAGCGAAAUCGAACCUCCCCUGCCACCUUAUUUGGUAGAAUGGGAUUCCAAACACCUUCAAUGGGCAUAGGAGUGUCAAGUGGGUACAGUGGAAUGGUAGGAAAGCCAAAUGAGCAGUUAAAAGUGGAAGCCAAGUAUCCAGCACUACUAUUUAAGCAACAUCUAACUGCAUAUGUUGAGAAAAUAUAUGGGCUGAUCCGUGAUAGUGUCAAGAAAGAGAUAAGUUCAUUCUUGAAUUUGUGCAUCCAGGCACCGAGAUCAACGAGAGUUAGAUCAGUAAGAGGGUCAUCUAAAAAUAUUCAUUCAAAUAUUGUUGCAAGACAACAAGCAUCAAACAUACAUUGGCAAAGCAUUGUUAAUAAGCUAGAUAAUACCUUGAGUAUAAUGUCAGAGAAUAAUGUCUCUCCUGUGUUCACAAGGAAAAUUUUCAGUCAGGUUUUCUCAUUCAUAAAUGUACAGCUCUUUAACAGCUUAUUGCUUCGUCGUGAGUGCUGUUCAUUUAGCAAUGGAGAAUAUGUAAAGGCAGGUUUGCAAGAAUUCGAACAGUGGUGCCAAAAAGCAUCAAAUCAGUUUGCAGGAUCAUCAUGGGAUGAACUCCAGCACAUAAGGCAAGCUGUUGGGUUUCUGGUGUUGCAUCAAAAAGCUCAAAAAUCAGUGGACGAGAUCACAAACGAACUAUGCCCGAUAUUGAACAUUCCACAAAUAUAUCGCAUUGGGACAAUGUUCUGGGAUGAUAAAUACGGAACGCAGGGAUUAUCUCCAGAUGUGAUUGGCAAGAUGAGAACUCUAAUGGCAGAACAUUCUAUAAACAUGCCCAAUAACUAUUCUUUCUUGCUUGAUGUUGAUUCAAGCAUACCUUUUUCAAUGGAAGAGAUAUUCCGAUCCUUUGCUGCAAUCAGCCUAACUGAUGUGGAUCCGCCACCGCUACUCCGUCAAAGAUCUGACUUCCUUUUUCUAUUGCAAACUACAGAUGCUCUUUAAAUGUCGUGCAAACCAAGUUGUGAUUUCUUCACUACAGAGAUGAGAAUAUGAUUGAGCGAGUGUUCAGAAAUGUGAUUCUUUGUUUCAAUUUCAUUCUUUUUGGGUGUCUGAAAGUUGUAAUCUUAUCAUUUUUAUUUGUAUAGUAUGACAAUAUAUAAUGUCUUUCUAAUUUCGGAAUUCAAAUGGUGUUUUCAA